GGGUUCUAUACAAGAGCUGACGUUAUAUGAGAAUGCAACCGAAUUACAGUUCAGACAGCUUUGCGAAGGCAAAAUCAAAAAUAUCAACGCGACUGAUUGCGAUGACCUUACCCCGGAAGAAUAUUUCCCUACAGAAGACUCUAUUGUAAGAGAAAAGCUGCGAGGUGAUAUGGGGGACCUAGGUGAAAAGGGAGAACCGGGUGAAAUAGGACCACCAGGUGAAAAAGGGGCACAAGGUGAAAAGGGGGAAUCUGGUGAAAAAGGGGACUUUGGUGAAAAAGGGAUUCAAGGACAAAAAGGAGAAAAGGGAGAAAAAGGUGACUACGGUCAGAAGGGAGAGCCUGGUAAUUCUAUUAUUGGCGAACCUGGGCCCAAAGGUCCGAUGGGGCCCCUAGGACCACGAGGACAAAUGGGUCCUCGAGGAGAAACAGGGUCAUGCAAAUGCUCGGAAAGUAUGGUCUCUACAUUAUUGAAAGAGAUGCCAGAAAUGAGAGGCCCCAAGGGAGAUCCAGGAGAAACUGGUGAUUCAGGUCCAGUAGGAUUAACCGGCAAAGAAGGACGUCAAGGGGAACGCGGGCCUCAGGGAUUAAAAGGAGAUAGAGGUGAGCCAGGAGAGGACGGGAAACCAGGUCGCGAUGGUAAACCUGGCGAUAAAGGAGAACCGGGACGGACUGGAGAUCCAGGGCCACCUGGAGAUAGAGGACUGCCAGGAAUCGCUGGCCCGCCCGGACCCAUUUAUAGAGAAACAGAAGAAGAAAAAAGGGCGAGGAUAGUACGUUUACCAGGUGAAAGAGGUAGCCCUGGACCUGAAGGACCAAGCCCACCAGGGCACAAUGGUAUUAAAGGAGACAAAGGCGACAAAGGAGAUAUAGGUCCACAGGGUGAAAGUGGACAAAAGGGUCACCAAGGAGAUAUAGGUCCUAUGGGAGAGAAGGGACAAAGAGGUGAAGCCGGUGAAGAUGGUGUACCAGGUACUCCGGGAAGACAUGGGACACACGGAAAAAAUGGCGAAAGAGGUCCGAAAGGAGAUAAGGGAGCACCCGGUUUGACAGGCUUGCCAGCAAAAUUAUCUUCAAUUCUGGAUGAAGAAAUGGAUCCAGCUGAAAAUGCUGCUAUAGUUGAGAAGUUAAGAGGUUUUAAAGGAGAGCCAGGAGAACAAGGUCUAAAGGGCUCUAAAGGAGACUUGGGAUCAAUUGGAAGACCUGGUCCAGAAGGUAAAGACGGUAAGGAUGGCUUACCUGGUAACAAAGGAGAUCAAGGGCAAAGAGGAGCAGCUGGACCAGUGGGACCUAAAGGUGACAAAGGUGACCGCGGAGAGCCGGGCCCAGCGGGCGAAGUUCCUGCUUCAAAAAUAGCGCUUAUGAAGGGUCCAAAAGGAGAGCGUGGUUUAUAUGGGAAACCAGGACCACGUGGUCCCCCCGGACCUGCAGCCAGGAAAGGAGAAAGGGGUUCCCCUGGUCCUAAGGGUGCUAAUGGAAACAUAGGUUCACCUGGACCAAAAGGAUAUCCAGGGCCUGCUGGAAAAAAUGCACCACCAGGACCAAAGGGCGAGAAAGGAGAGAGAGGCGAAAGUGCUCCGCCAAUAAAUCUAGUAGAGUUAAAAGGUGCCAAAGGUGAUAGAGGACAAGCUGGCACCCCUGGUAUACCUGGGAAGGUUGGCCCUCCUGGACCUCCAGGAGAACCAUGUAAAGAGACCAGCACUCGAGUUCCGUUAAUUGGACCGCCAGGACCACCGGGACCCCCUGGACCUCCAGGGCAUCCAGGAUUGUCCAUAACUGGGCCCAAAGGUGAACCAGGGAACGUCAUAAUUGAGAAGAUAGUGAAUAAGGACGCAGUCGAUUUCGAUGAAGAUGAAGAUUACACAACAUCCACUGUUGUUUAUAGAAAUAAGAGAUCUUUGAUGCAGAAAACCCAUUCCACUCCAUUGGGUACACUUGCUUAUGUUAUACGUGAGAAAUUGUUCUUACUAAGAGUAGAAGAUGGCUGGCAAUAUAUUCUUAUGGGCUCGAUGAUGGAAGCAAAACCAACGAUUAUCACGCCAGAACCAGACCAUAAACCUCCAGUAAUUCCAACCGAAGAUCCUAAUAUGAUAAUCCCAACACCGAAGACACCGAAGACACAAGCACCAACACCAACAACUCCAAGAUACCCGCGAAAUAAUGAAAAUAAUCGUAUGGAAGUAUCAAGGCCAACACCAAAGCCGACACUACAUCCUCCGCAGCGCCGACCAUAUCCCAGAUACCCUCCAAAUGCUAUACGUUUGGGUGCACUUAACGAGCCCUACGCUGGCAGAGUGUUCUCGUAUAGGAACGUGAACGACACCGGCCUGAAGGCUGCCAGCCACGAAUGUCAUCGGCAAUCGUGGAAGUUCGGCGGUAAUUUCGUUCCCUUCCUUACUGACAGCGUGACAGCUCUCACCUCGUUGGUAAAGCAUACCGAGCGAGGAUUGCCGGUGGUGAACCUGCGUGGUGAACUGCUGUUCCGAUCGUGGCGCAACUUGUUCGACGGAUCAAGAGCAGCGUUCGAUGCCGUAUCUAAUAUCUACUCUUUCAACAACAAAAAUGUCCUUAUUGAUCCCACAUGGCCAACGAAAGCAGUGUGGCAUGGCGCGGAUGAAUCGGGCAACUGUGAUCACAACGCGUACUGCAAAGAAUGGAAUAGAGAAGAUCCAGAUUUGAAGGGUUUAGGGUCUUCGCUGCAUAGUCAUAAACUGCUAGAUCAGGAAUUAUUCAGCUGUGAUAAUAAACUUAUAAUACUUUGCGUUGAACAAACUACCUCAUGGAAACGACGGAGACAUUCCUCGCAUGGUCUUCGACACCACAAUCGUACGAUUCAUUGAAGACCACAAGUAUGAGAAUGUUAACUUAAUUUAUAGAAAGUAAAGAAUACCCUUCCAACUACCCAAAUCUGGAUAUAGUUGACUAAACCACCUCACAGACUUACACCGAGUCUACAUAAUGGAAGCUAAGCAGCAGUAUAAAUUACAAGACAAUCGGAAAAGCGCCCAAACAAAGUGACAGACGUCUUACAAAGCUAAUACCAAUCGAUCCUCUCUUAUAUGUGAUAUUCACUGCCGAGUAUCUAAACCUCGAUGUGUAACAUUCACUGCCGCGUACUGUAUCCAUUUUAUCACCAUUAGAUGUACUUAAAGUAAAUACUUGAGUUAAUUCUCGGGAACUGGUGUAACCAAAGCGCAAUUUGUAUGUGAAAUUGAGUGAAUGAAUAGUGAUAAAAUAUUUAAAGUGUUGAAUAGUGGAACAUGAAUGAAGGUGACUGACACGUUGUUUUAAGUUUGUUAUAAGUUCGUGUUCUUACGAUUUAUAUUUUGUACCAGUUUUGGUUUUACUCUACCUUAGCCAGUAUUAUGGCUCUUCUGCGCAUGCUUUUUUUACACUACACAAAA